AUGCUGCUUAAAGUGGUUUCUCUACCUCUCGCUUUACAGUUAUUGACUCAUGAGGAGUCAGUUUUUGAAGAACUGUUGCGAGGCUCAAUAGAGCCACUCAAGUCGUCUUGGAGCUGUAAUAACGUUGUUGCUGUUUUGUCCACUGCGGCUUUGGAGCCAGUGGGUUUUACGAUCUUGAGAGACCUAGCCCCUCACUUCUUAUCAAAAGUAUUAACUGAUAUUUGCACAAAGUUAGAAGAUCCUCACAAUUUUCAUGAUCCUUGGGAAGAUUGUGUUGUAAAAGAGUUUUUACACAUCCUAAGACUAUUGUCGUUGAACAGCUUGUGCUUCAUCGCUCUAUUGGAUGAUACAAGUCAAGAAAUUUCAUCUAGCGAAGACAGUCACCCCAGUAAUUUAUGGGAAUUAUUACAACAUUCUGUAAACUCUAAUUCACCAUAUCACUGCCUUGCGCUUAUGGCGCUGAACGUUUUCCUCGAUAGCUUGGAUGCAAAUAUUUUUUUGAAGCACGUACUGAAUUAUCAGGAACUACUCCUCAAUCUUCAAGAAACGUGUAUCAUCGAGAUAGAAAGCGAUGGCGAACUUAAAACAAUAUAUGCAAUUGAUGAGGCAGGUUUCCUUCGCCACAAAGUACUUUUGAAAUCCUAUUGCAUUAUAAGUAAAUUCAUUGGUGAUACAGAAGUGCUAGAGCAGACAGAAUUGUUUUCUAAAUUACCGCCUCCUGUGAAAUUUGAUGUGGAAAAACUUUGCCCCACCAUACCCUUACAUUCAGAAUUAGGAAGAUUUCUCCAAGAAAAUAAGCCUGGACUCAGAGAUAAUGGAUGGGUGUCACAAGCGAGGAAGGCUCAUAAGAUUUCUAGUAAAGAACCAAUACAACAUUCCGUCGUGAUUAAUCUACUUGAUCAAAUGCAAAAGGCAGUUCCUGAAUUAGAAUUGACAAACCAUUUCGAGUGGCCAGUGCAUAAUGAUCACGACACACUGAUGCCCCAAGAAGUUUACGGCAUUGAAUUAACUUUGCUGUACGCAGAACAAAAUCGGCUUAUGAAAGUUACGUCACUUGCGAAAACAAACUUGAAAAUUUUCUUGAAAGAGGUUCACGGAUUCAUUAAGUAUUACGGGUGGAAAAAAAAUUUUGAAGGAUUUGACUGGUUCAUUGCAAGUGUUUUUAUUAUUUGUGAUGGAGAUAUGGACAGGUGUAAAACUUUCAUCACGCAAAUAGUUCAAUUCCCAUCGAUUAUGUACAUUUGGCCUAUGCUAGGAAAAGCUGUGAGUCGUGAACAGAAUUUACCUGUAAACUUUCAAACCACAUUCUCACAUCUCCUGGAAAAUAUCGUUGCAAAUGAAUUGCCUAGCAUCAAAUACGCUUUAAAGAACAACUGCGGUACAGACUGGUGGAUUAUUUGUGAUGAAAUCAUAUCUCAAUGUUUCUGGAGGAUACUACCAUGGUGCGAAAUCAUACAUUUGCUAACCAUUUGUAUUUUGUAUCCAGCUGACUAUCCAUUGUAUUACUGUACAUCGUUGUUGCACUACAGUCAAAACCAACUUUUAGAAGAUGUAACUGCUGGAAAAAUGUGGCCAGAACAUAUGGAUUUAACUGACUAUCGAUCUGGAAAUCAUUUACAAUUGAUGGAUCUUUUAUCGAAACGGUAUCGCAAUAUGACUUUGCCCCUGCUUACAUACCAAGAGGCAGCGUUAGUUACAUGAUUUCCUAUCUAUCUACCAAGACCGAACUUCUUCCAGAAGUAAUAACAAGUACUGCAAUAAGCACAAUACUUUAAUAUGACAAUCAUUUAAUUAAGCACAGUGUACGCAGGAAAUUACAAUAAAAUGUAUGUUGAUUACUGUUA